AACAAAGGACCCACCAAGAAGUUCCACCUUGAAUCCUAUCCCACCCAUGUCCACCUUAAAUAUUAGCUUCACUUGAGAGCUGAUUUUGUUCCGUAUCCUCUAGAGAACCAAUUUUGUGCCAAACACAAAGAGAGCUUCCGAUCCUGAAUUUGUUCAAGUCGUUCACAGAACAAGAAUCGGUCGGUCAAAAUGAUCAUGACAAGGAGCAAGACUCAACAGAUGAAGGAAGACAGACUUAGUGGAUUGCCUGAUGAAAUUUUGUUUAUUAUUAUGUCUUUCAUAAUGAUAAAAGAUGCUGUUAAAACAUGCAUCCUGUCAAAGCGGUGGAGGAAUUUGUGGAAAUUCCUCCCUAAUCUUACCUUACAUUCUAAUGAUUUCAGAAGUCAUAGUGUUUUCUUUGAAUUCGUGUCGAGAAUUUUGUCUUGCAGUGAUCAAAACCAUACCCUGCAUAGUCUAGAUUUCCAUGGUCCUUUCUAUGGUAAACCCAUUGUUAUGACAAAUCUCAUGGGCUACGCUGUCUAUCAUAAUAUCCAACACUUGAACAUCAAUGUCCCUUACAACAUUUCUUUAUCCGCCCGUGUUUUCUCUUGUCCAUCUUUAAAAUCUCUCCGUAUAUCAGUGUCACAUAAUGUCCUAAAAAGAACAAGAAUUCCUAGGUCUCUAGAACUUCCAUCAUUAUUAAGUUUACAUCUUGAUAAUGUUAUCAUUUCAGCAGAUGAAAAUGGUCAUGCUGAACCCUUCUCCAAUUGCAAAAUGUUAAACACUUUAUACAUUGAGAACUGUGUAUUGCUCCCUCCACAUGCUUUUGUUGGGCCAAAAAUCCUCUUUAUAAGCAAUGCAUCCCUAACCAGUUUGACCAUGAACUUUGUGUAUACUUGUAGCUUCACAACUGUCAUAUCUACACCGAAGAUCUCUUCUUUGGCUUUUGAUGAUCCUUUUUGGAUAGUACGUGGGCAAAAAAAGGAAAAUGCUGAGAUAUGAAAAGGAAAGAUUAAAAGCGAAAAAGAUAAAGAAAAUAUAAAAAAUAUGAAUAAGGAAGAUUGUAGCAUCUGGCCAAAGUCCACCUCAACAACUAUAAAAACGAAGUCAAGCCAAGGAGAAAGGACACCAUCCGGGAGACUCAGCUCUCUACUGAAUACAUCCUAAGCCCGAGUGUCUUUAGUAGGGGAAAUCUUUCUUUUUGUGUCCUUUUUCCGUCCCUUCUUUUCCAUCAAUUUCUAAACCCCCUUUCAAGUGUAAGAUCCCUUAUGGCUAUGUGAGCCUAAAUCCCUAGUUAGGGCCUGACAGACCUAAAAAAAGCCAAGAGAUGUAUGAUGUACUUCAUAUUUAUCAAUGCAACAAGUGUUUUCUAUCCUA